UAGGGUGUCGCUGCUCCUGAUUGCUCUGGCCAAUGGAACCCGAUCCACCCCGCUGUGCGUAAGAGCGCAAUUAAGGAUUUAACCAAGCCUCUACGCUGCCUGCGAGCAGUCUGCCAGAGCUAUAACCAGCUCCAGAGAGCUCCCAACCGUCGCCACCUCCCUCUCUCCCUCCCUCCCUCCCUCGCUCCCCCCGCCAUGGCUGCCUAGAAGACCCAGCCGCACGGCCGCCGCUUGCCUGCUUGCCUGCCAGCCAGCUAUGACAGGGGUCUUUGACAGAAGAGUGCCCACCAUCCGAUCCAGCGAUUUCCAGUCCCCCUUUCCGAGCAGCGCAACUGCCGCCACCAUGCACCAUCCGCCCCAAGAGUCGCCCACUUUACCCGAGUCUUCAGCAACGGACCCCGACUUCUACAGCUCGCCGGGAAGCGCCCCGCAUGGCUACGCUUCGCCUUCCUCGGCAUCCUAUGGCAAAGCGCUCCAUCCUUACCAGUACCCCUACCAGGGCAUGAGUGGAACCGCCGCCAACUAUCCCGCCAAAGCCUACGCCGAUUACAGCUAUGCCAGUCCCUACCACCAGUACGGCGGGGCUUAUACUAGGGCACCGAGUACUGCCAGCCAGCCAGUCUGUUUUUCUUCUCCCCUUCCCUGCAUCCCUAUAGAAAAAGAGGUGGCUGAACCCGAGGUGCGGAUGGUGAACGGCAAACCAAAGAAAGUGCGAAAGCCAAGGACUAUUUACUCGAGUUUUCAACUGGCGGCUUUACAACGGAGGUUCCAGAAAACUCAGUAUUUGGCUCUGCCCGAGAGAGCCGAGCUGGCCGCCUCUUUAGGCCUGACGCAGACUCAGGUGAAAAUCUGGUUCCAGAACAAAAGGUCCAAGAUAAAGAAGAUUAUGAAAAAUGGGGAGAUGCCUCCGGAACACAGUCCCAGCGCCAGCGACCCGAUGGCUUGUAAUUCUCCACAGUCUCCUGCCGUGUGGGAAUCGCAGGGCACAGCCAGAUCUCUCAGCCACCAUGCUCACACCCACGGGGCAACCUCCAACCCGUCGCCCGCAUCCACUUACCUGGAGAAUUCCUCUUCCUGGUAUUCCGGCGCAAACGCUCUGAAUGGCCACCUGCAAUCCCACGGCUCCCUCCAGCAUUCCUUAGUGUUGGCUUCCGGGACAAUCUAUUAGAACGGGCGAUCCUUUUUUUUUUUAAAACCACCAUUCCUUCCUCCCUUGUUUUGGACUCAAUUGCUUUUGUUCAUGAAGGGAAAGAAUAAUAAUUAAUAAUAAUAAUAAUAAUUAAUAAAAGGGGGGACCUUCUCUUUAAGGAAACUAUAACAGGAUAAAAUGUGUAAAGCUUGUGCAUGUAAUUUAUUGCAUUUCAAAGGAAACCCCCCUCCCCCAUUGCUUUUGUUACGUUUUCUUUUAUUUUUGAAGACAAAUUUUGGAUUUGCGUUUUGUUCUCAGAAGCCUGGACACUUUCAAAGGUGCCUUGAAAUCUUAUGACCUCAACUUUUUUCAAGAGACUUUUUUUCAAUGUCAUUUUAAUCAUGUACAUACUUGUAGAUAGAGGAAUUAAACUGUAUAUUCUGAAUAAAUAAAAUUAUUUCCACGG